GAAACAGCUGUUUUCUUUCUUUUGCAGCUGAUAUGAAAAAUGUGAGCAAAGUUUGUUUACAAGUUUAAUGUGGAGUUUGAAAUUGUGUAUUAAUUAGUUUAACUAUUAUGAAUUUGGACACAAUUUUCCCCGAUUUGAGUGCCUUAAAACGCGCCUUGGCCAAAUUAGUUCACAAGGAUUUAUCAAAUAAUGAACGUUUGCGACACAUCGAGCCGCAUUUUGACUCAUCUUGCGACGUUUUUUAUUGGAGCGCCCAAAAUGUGGAGCAACAAAAUUCCGUUGCUUAUUUGCCCAUGGAGCACGCUAAGGAUCUGGACUUUGAGCUGAUUAGACGAGUGCAGGAGAAGCUAUCGAACUAUAUCCUUAUAGUUGCCAUAGUGGAAAAUACGGGCAAUAUAUUGUAUUAUCAGAUGACGGAGGGAUUGAACGAGAUUGGCAUAUAAAUGAUUGAGAGAUUAUAUGGAUAUGCGUGGAACUGUGUAAUCGAUGGAACUGAUCUUAUGCUGCUCCUCGAUCGUACCAUCGGAGCACAGGCAAAUGCUAUUGGACUAUAUGUCCCACUUCCAUGUAUUGUCGAGGGGCAACAAAAUGUCUUAAGAGAUGACAGCAACACCUGUGGAAUUUGAUCCUAUCCAUUGUUCCUACGCUUCGUGGACCGUUUUUAAAGAGAUCCAAUUAGAUGAAGACCACUUGACCACUAGAUUGUAAAUGCGAUUGAUAUUAUCAAUAUAGACAAAUAAACAGCUAUAGAGCUCCGCAAUCCCCUAUUGCUUUCCUUUACUCUUGAUACCUGUGAUCCAAAACACAACUAACUAAAACAGAAUACGGUAUAUAAAGAAUAUAUAUAAAUAUAUCAAAUCAUACCUUAACUUUCAAAGCCCUCAUAAAUUAGAAACUCAAUAAUCGUAAUAUAAUUAUAUUGACAUUAUAGAUAUAUAUUUAUAUAACUUAGGCACUAAAAUUCAAAUAAUCGAAUGCUACAAACUUAGAGACAAAUUAAAAAUUA